UUGUCUCUCUAUAGUACUGUGAUUGCAAGGAAAACACGAAAGGAAAGCGCCUAAACCUGCGAAAGCCAGAUCACAUCUCACGCGCACUCUCUGUCUCUUCUCCUAGAUUUCGCUCGCCGUCGGGUUCAUACUCUGGUCUGGAUCAGGACAAAUUCGGCUUCGUGGAUCCUGUCCGAAUCCGGAUGUGGGUUUUACGAAUCAGUUCAUAAUCUGGAUUGGUCGGUGAGUAAAUCGUGGAAGCGGCGUCGGCGUCGGCGGAGGAAGUGAGCGAUCGAAGAUGCGGCGGCGGCCGGCGAGGAGGAGGCUGUCGAGUUUGAUAUGGCUCCUACUGGGUUCGUUCUCUGUCGCUGGAUUGGUUCUCUUCAUGGUUCAUCAUCAUCGAGAUCCAAAUCAGCUGACGAUCGAGAGAGACAUGGGGAUCGAGAAGGCAUCUCCCGGCCGUUCAAAUUUCACCGAAGAGGUAACAAGUGUUUCCUCGUUCUCUAGGCAGUUGGCGGAGCAAAUGACGCUUGCCAAGGCUUAUGUUUUUAUCGCCAAAGAACACAAUAAUCUUCACUUAGCUUGGGAAUUGAGUUCUAAGAUCAGAAGAUGUCAGCUUUUGCUCUCGAAAGCCGCAAUGAGAGGGCAACCUAUUACAUUAGACGAGGCGCAACCGAUCAUAACUGGUUUGUCAGCCUUGAUAUUUAAGGCACAAGAUGCACACUACGACAUUGCCACCACCAUGUUGACCAUGAAAUCGCACAUCCAAGCCCUUGAAGAGCGUGCAAAUGCAGCGACGGUUCAGACAACGGUAUUCGGGCAGCUGGUUGCCGAGGCAUUGCCUAAGAGCCUCCAUUGUUUGGUGGUCAAGCUCACAUCUGAUUGGUUGUCAAAGCCGUCUCUUCGUGAACUGGCGGAUGAGAGUGGAAACUCUCCUAGACUUGCUGACAACAACCUCUACCAUUUCUGCAUCUUUUCGGAUAACGUGAUAGCUGUCUCGGUCGUUGUCAACUCGACUGUUUCCAACGCUGAUCACCCGAAACAGCUUGUCUUCCACAUAGUAACGAACCGAGUGAGCUAUGGAGCUAUGCAGGCUUGGUUUCUCAGUAAUGAUUUCAAGGGUUCGACUGUUGAAGUGAGGAGCAUAGACGAGUUUUCUUGGUUGAACGCUUCGUAUUCUCCUAUAGUUAGGCAAUCGAUGAAUCCUGACUCGAGAGCAUUCUAUUUCGGGGAACAAGAAAGUCAAGAUCUCAAGCGCGAGCCGAAGCUGAGGAACCCAAAGUACUCUUCAUUGCUGAAUCACCUUAGGUUUUACAUCCCCGAGAUUUAUCCGCAGCUAGAGACUAUCGUUUUCCUUGACGAUGAUGUAGUUGUUCAAAAGGAUCUGACCCCUCUCUUCUCCUUGGAUUUGCAUGGGAAUGCCAAUGGAGCGGUGGAAACAUGUCUUGAGGCCUUUCACCGGUACUACAAGUACCUCAACUUCUCGAACCCGCUCAUCAGUUCAAAGUUCGACCCGCAAGCUUGCGGGUGGGCAUUCGGCAUGAACAUUUUCGACUUGGUUGCUUGGAGAAAAGCUAAUGUAACAGCGAGGUACCAUUACUGGCAAGAGCAGAACAUGGAAAGAACACUGUGGAAGCUCGGGACACUUCCUCCCGGGCUUUUGGCGUUCUAUGGCCUGACCGAGCCACUGGACAGAAGAUGGCAUGUCUUGGGUUUAGGCUACGAUAUGAACAUCGAUAACCGUCUUAUCGAGAGUGCAGCCGUUAUUCACUAUAACGGUAACAUGAAACCAUGGCUGAAGCUCGCCAUUGGAAGGUAUAAACCUUUCUGGGAAAGGUACUUGAAUUCAGACCACUCUUACCUGCAAGAUUGUGUCACAGCUUAGCAAAGGAGUUUGAUGAUUUUUUUCCCCGAUUGAUCGGUUAUUAUCGGGUAAUUUAUAUUUGUUGAUUAUGAUCGAAGGGGAGAGAAUCUUAUACAUUUUUGAAGUUUUUGGAUCCGUAUGUUGUAGAUCUCAGAAACAGGAGAUUCAGAUUGUUCUCUGAAGGUUGCUCUUGUUGCUGUCUGAAAGACAAGGGAGAAAAGAAAAUCAGACAUCAGAGAGGGUCCAAAUGUACCUAAGGUUGAAUAGAUUAAAGUGAAAAUUUUAAUUUAUUUUCUUUUAAAGAUGGUUACAAACUAUAGAAUUCUUUUUCUAUGUAUGAAUUCUUCUAAUAAUAGUCAUAUUUUUUCCUUUCAUUUGA